GUAAGCGAAUUACGUUGCAAUUGCAAUAUAUGGUCGGCUAUUGUUGCAUUUCUGCGUAGUUUUUGUAACGUUUUACAUUGUGAACGUUUAUGAGAUUGUAUCAUGAGUGUUGGUAGCGUUGUACAUCAUGCCUCGCCUUCGAACAGCAAAUGUUUAGAGCUGGGAAUAAGCCGUUCUUGUUGUCGGAAUUUAUUUGGGCCAAUUGACCACGAGCAGCUACGGACUGAAUUGGAGACAGAGCUAAAACGAAUUACAGACGAAAAGAAACGACGAUGGAAUUUUGACUUCGUGAAGCUGAAACCUCUGGACGGGGACUUUUCAUGGCAAAGAAUUGGCGACAAUCGUAGCGUUGGAUUUGCGACUAGCGACGAAUCAAAUGGUCGAAUAUCUGACAGAAUCACGCCACAAUCAAACGUAGUCAACACGCGUGAUGAUGGAUCGAAUGCACAAACAAGAAAUGCAACAUCAAACGCCCAAGAAACAUGUUUCAGAACCCCCGAACGGCUGACCGCAAAAAGAUUGAGAAAAUCGCCAAGGAUCACAGAUUAUUUGCGGGCAAAGAAGGGACGUGGCACUUCUAGAAAAAUAAAAUUCAACGGCGAAUUAGCGGGAGUCCCCAAACUAUGUAAACGCGUUCAGACAAGAAAGGCGAGCAGCGGGCGUCCGACUGGCAAACAAUCGACGUUGGAUCAAUAUAUGCCGAAGCUCCGACCAAGACAAUCAAAUGGUAAAGCCCAGAUUUCGAGAUAGACGAAGACUUAAAAAAUAUCAGAAUGGACACUACGAUUCACGAUUGUACAUACUAUAGUAUAGUAUAGCGCUACACGAAGGUUCUUAGCCUUAAGGCUUAACGAAGAUCUUCUGGUUUUAGAUAACUCUUCGAGACAAUGUUUUCAGUCAAUGUUUUAUGUAAGAUUAUGAAAUAAUUUAGUUGAAGUUCAUUCCAUUGGGUAAUCAAGUUGUCGACUUGAUUAUUAUCACACGAAUGUGAUAAAUUUGUAUUUAAAAUUUAAAUAUUGUUCAUAACAAAAGUUCUGAA